AUGAUGGGCGAAGAACCAAAGGACAAAAACACGACCGAAAGUCAACCAGCCAAGAAAAAGAGAGAACGAAAGCAUCGUCAAGGAUUUUACAAUCGUGAUCGAAGAAUGUAUGGAGUCCAGCGUGCUUUUGGAUUCUGGGAAGCUCCAGGUCGCGAAGGCGCAGAGCAAGAUGCAGCAAACGAAUCCAAUUCCGACUGGACUUCCACUUCCGAAUGGGAUUCCGAUGCACCAUACCCUCCUCCUCAGAUUAAGAAUUGCAACCUCCGCGACUACAACAUACCUGUCAAUGAUAAGACCCCAAUGGAAAAUCUUGGAUUGGAGCAAUUCAUACUUAAGGAGACUAAAGAUAUUCUUAUAACCUCAUGCAUUUCUUGGUUGCGAAAACAUCAUCGUAAGUUGGUAGCUAAGGAAGGAUGUGAUAAUCGCAAAAAUGGUUCUUUGGAGCUGUACCACGAGAUGUUCAAAUCUUCGGCUGAGAUAAAAGACAACACUCUACAACUCGUUGGCGGAGAAACUGCAGAGACCUUCUUGACACUUCUCAAGAAGGUGCGACAGAUUAGACACUGCGUCUUUCGCCGCGGCCGUUGCAUUGAUAUGCCUAUCGUCAUCGUCGAACUUAUGCUACAAGAUGCGAUUCGACUUACGAGAAUGAUAGGAGGACAAAAGAGCUUGUCGAUGCUAGAGAAGUUCCGUAGUCGACUUGCUCGGGAGAUUGCUUUGAAUGCAGAUGUAGAGGUUGCAUCGGACAGAUUGAAGUCAAUGUUUAAGAAAGAAGGGCUUGAUCUGAAAGAUGAGAUUCAGGUUCGUGCUAUUAGAGCACAGAGAGUUGAGCUUGGCCAUGCGAUUGAGCAGAAGAAGCGCCAACUCAAGAUUAUUGAUGUUCAGUUUGCGGAUGAAGUGAAGAGUGGGCUCUAG